AUGUCCGUUGAAAAUAAUUCAACUUUAAAAAUAAUGGCACUUGGCCGUCCAUUCAAACUUGGAAUGCUUUAUGACUUUAGAACUGAUAAACUUAUUCAUAAUAUAUCAUUAUGGAAUUCUGAUCUAUCUUCAGAAUAUAUUCAUCAACAACCUUUGUCAUGGACAAGAUCUGAACUUUAUUUAAGUGAUAAAUUUACAGAAAAAGCAGAUCUAUUAGGAAUUGAUAACAAUCUUAAAUUGAGUAUUCUAGCUAAUCUUGUUGAAUUAUCUAGUUCAACAUGUUUAAUCGAUGAUCAAAAGAAAACAAAUCAAACGUUACGAUUUAUUUUAAAAUAUUCAAUGACAAAAAAUCUUCAUGAAUUAACAAUGAGUGAUAUCAAUAAAAUGUAUAAUAAACAUCGAGAAGUAUUCUAUAAAGAAAAUGCUACUCAUAUUGUUACCAGUAUUCUUUAUGGUCGUGAAAUAUUUUUCAUAUUUGAUCGAAUAUUAUCUAAUGAUGAAAAUCGUAUUGAUAUUGAAAAUAAUAUUAAAUUACUUUUGAAAAAAUUCGAUACAUUUCAAAUUUUUAAUAAUGGUGAAUUAAAUUGGAAAGAUUAUGAAAAACAACUAGCUAAUACAUUAACAUGUCAAUAUUAUGGUGAUUUUCAAUAUGAAUCAAAUCCAAUAACAUUUGAACAAGCAUUUAAACUAUAUAAACAUUCAUUAAAUUUUGUUCUUCAAAAUAAUGAUUAUGGAAUACCAAAACAAAUAUGGAUAUAUCCAAUUUAUUUAUUAGAUCAAUCAUAUUUAAUAGGAAAAAAAUCCUAUCAAAUUAAUAAUGAUAUUCUUACGGAAUCUUUAGAACUUUUUGAUAAUUUAUAUCAAUUGAAAAUAACUUUAAAUAAUUUUAAAAAUAAUUUAUCGUCUAUUAAAAUGUUCUAUCGAACUGAAGAACAAAUAUCAACAUAUUUUACUCGAAUAUUUGAAAUUGAUAUUUCUAUGAGAAAUCAAAUGAAAGAAUUAUUACCAAAAAUUCGUGAUGGUUCUAUGAAAGAAAUAGAUUUUACUAAUCUAUUAAAAAAUGUUCAUUUAUCUUUAUCCAACAAACAAAAAUUAGAUGAAUUGAUUCAAUUUAAAACAGAAGAAAUAAAUCAAUUAAAGAAUUUUCAAAAAGAUUUAAAAAAACAAAAUAAUAUUCAUCUAUUAACAUGUUCAUUUGCUGAAGUUCAAAAAAAUUUUACUAGUAAAUUUAUUCUUCGUUUAAUUAUUCAUAUUACAGAAAAAAAUGAUUCAUUAUUAAAUGAAAUAUUUCAAUAUUUUGAUGAUAAUAUUAAAAAGUCAUUAAAUCAAUAUACAAAAAAUAAUUAUUGGUUUAAUGAAAAUAAUAUUAAAAUAAUUAAAAAGCAAAUUUCAUCAUUUAUUCAAUUUGCUGAAAUCAAUAGUUCUAAAUCAAAUAUUGAAUUUAUUGCUAAUGAAGAAUAUAUCGAUGAAUUUCAAAUGAAAAAAGGAGUAACAUGUAUUCUCUAUAAAAAUGGUAUUCCAACUAAUUUCGAAAUUCCAAGUGAACCAGGACAACCAUAUGGGACAAAUAUUUCAGGUUGCAAUUUAACACUUUGUUGGUCAAAACCUAUCGAUGGAAGUCAAUAUAUUCAACAGUAUAAGAUUUAUAGUAAAAAUAUUUCAAAUGAUACAUGGAAAUUAUUGUUGACAACUGAAAAUGCUACAUUAUUCGUCAAUAUUUCGGAUCUUAUUAAUGGAAAAUAUCAAUUCAAAAUACAAGGAGUUACUAGAGUGGGUAAUACAGUCAAAAGCAAUGCCAGUGAUGUUAUUGAACUAAAGGCACCACAACCAACAAAGAUUAUUAACAAAUCUACACCAAUUGUUAUGUCUAAUGAGGUUUCCAAUGAUAAAGUUACUCUCGAUGUAACACCUGCAUGGUUCGAACCAGUGAAGUCUAUUCCUAAAGAAAAAAUUCGUUUUCCUGUUAAAUACAAUGAAAAUUCUCCUACGGAUGUACGUACGUACAAUUGUUUGUCGACCUAUCGCUCUAUGGUGAAGAAAACAUCAACAAUUGACUUUAUUACCGAACCCUUUUCAUCUGCAGUCAAUAAUACUGAGACACUUGUAGUAGUUCUUAACGAACUUGCUGAACAACUUGGUGCUCAUCUAACUUUUACUAAUGCAGAUUAUAAAUAUAAUGAUAGUGAUUAUCGAACUGCAUGUGGAGUGACAAAUCUUGGUAGCAUCCAUUCAUUUCUUGCUUCCGAAGGAAACUUUCAAACUGCUAAAUUUGAUCUUCACUUGGAUCUCAAUUAUGAUAAUAUAAGAGCAACGCCUGAAUCAUUAAGAAUGUUUGUUUUAACAACUAUUAACGAUAUUGGUGCUGUUACAGAAUGUGAUAGAGAUUUUAUUCGAGUAUUUUCUGUUAAACGAGCUUCAUCGAUCUUUGUCCAGAUCGGUUUCACUACGCCGGAGCGCAGUGAAACUGAAAAACUCGCCAAAUCAUUUAAAGAGAAAUUAAAUAAGAUUUCGGCAACAAAUCUUCCAGAUAUUGUAAACAAAGAAUCAAAAAAAUCGGUUACAUCAUUGAAAGAGAAGUUGAACAAGAUACCAGUAGUAAAACGUCCAGAUGUUUUGAAAUAUCUGAUUCCAGAGAACUACGAUUAUAAAAUUGAACCAGCACUUGCAUUUUUGCAGUUGCAACAAUCAGAUUUUGAACCUCAAUACAAUCGUGACUAUCCGUAUGCCAAUGAAGAAACAAGAGGCGGUCUUCCAUAUUAUUUUCCACAAGGAUGGUAUCGUCAUGCCCUUAAAGUCAUUGAUAAAUAUCCUGAUGAUAAAGCUUGGCUUGGUAUGAAUAAUGGUCCUGGUGAAUGGGCUGUCGCCUACCACGGAACAAAAGCAGGUGCAGUGAAAGGUAUUAAAAAUGAAGGAUUAUUACAUAGCUUAGCUAGUUCGGAUGUCAUGAAAUUCGAAGCAAAACAGCAAAAUCCAUCGAUUCCAGAUGUGGAAGGAUUAUAUGUGGCAACACAUUGUGAAAGAGGAGCUGCCGAUUAUACUAAGUCGUUUAAGAUAAAAGAUGAUAGCGGUACAAGCAAGGAUUACCGAGUUGUAUUUCAAUGUCGAGUUCAACCAGGAAAAUUUACAGUACACCAGAGUCCCGUAAAUGUUGGGAUGGCAUGGCGAGUGUUUGAUGAGAAAGCAAUUAGACCAUAUGGAUUACUUCUAAAAAGUUCUUAA